UCCUCUUGACAGUCUUGGAUGAUAUUCAUGUUUUGUACUGAUCUAAGGAUUAUACUUAAAUAAACUAUGAAGAUAAUUCACCUGAUAAUAUGUACAUGCCAGGUGGACCGUGUCAUUAGAUACUUGAUAUUUCUGACGGAGAACCCUUAGAUUAGUACCAUGCAUGACGACAUUCAUACUUAUACUGAUCCAAGGAAUUGUUUUAAGUGAGACCAUACACAUUUGGACGAACUAAAUAGAUCGUCUCCGUAGUCGCUUGAUAGUCCAAGAGGUAGGGAACUUUCAAAUUAAAGUUAUGCUCGCUUGGAGCAUGAAAGCUUUUCAUUAAGUCGGAUCGACUCUUCACUUAAGAGGACAGAAAAGAGAAGAACCUUUGGAUCAAUAUAUUUAUCUCUGGAUCCCUUUUGUUUUACAUUGGUCCAAAGUCUCCAAUCUCUUGGCAAUGUUGUCUGUUAUCAGAAUCAGAACUAUGGUUAAGACCUUAAUCAUGUUAAUGUGGGGGGUUGUCAAACACAGCCUUUGACGUUCUCAGUUGGGACAGGCUACCUGAGAUAUUCUGAUGUGAACAUUUGAACUCAAUCCAAGAGGGCGAAAGAAAUCAAAUAUCCUUUUACAUUAAAAACUAAAGUACGGCGGUGAUGAAGCCCGGCUGCAAUAAAUCCAACCAAAAGAUCUCGUGAUGUUUCACUCGAGCGUCUCAAGCUCCUCAGAGCCUGAAACACAAAUCCCUUCACGAGUUUCAAAUGCCUCCCGCUCUCACUCUCCCUCUUCAAAUACCUCUGCCAACUCUCUGCAACAAACAGUCCCGACCCAAAAACAUCCACGAUGAAAUCCCAUCACCUCCUCUUUCUCUCCUCCUCGCUGUUCUCCUUCUUCAUCUUUAGCCAAGCCCAAGACCUGCAGACGUACAUUGUUCAGCUUCAUCCUCGCGGGACAAUGUCCUCUCUUUUCGAAACGAAACUCGAAUGGCACCAUUCUUUCCUUGAGAAAACCGUGGUCGAUGACUCCGACUCCUCUUCUCGGCUUCUGUACUCCUACGACGCAGCCAUCGAAGGCUUCGCUGCUCGUCUCGACGAUGACGAGGCUGAGGCAUUGAGAAGGGUUCCUGGUGUCAUCUCGGUUCGCCCUGAUCGACGUCUGGAGAUACACACGACUUACUCGUAUAAGUUCUUGGGGUUGAGCCUCUCACCUGGUGGCGCAUGGGAUCGAUCAGGGUUUCGGUCACGGGGUCCGUUAUCGGGAGAUUCUCGAUACCGGAGUCUGCCGGAGAGCCCGAGCUUCGAUGAUCGAGGAAUGCCGCGGCCGGCAAGAUGGAGAGUGUGUCAACAGGGAAAUUUCGGCUCGUCGAAUUGUAAUCGGAAGCUCAUCGGCGCCGUCUAUCCGAAGGUCAUGACGUCAGCGACAUACCCUCCGCCGCCGCGCUGUCAGCGACGGAAGUAUGUAUCGCCUCGUGAUGCCCACGGGCACGGGACGCACACCUCGUCGACCGCCGCGAGCUCGCAGUCCAGAAACGCGAGCGUUCUCGGGAUCGGCAAGGUGGGGGGGGGUCGAGGCGCAGGGAUGGCGCGUGCCCACAUUGCCGUAUACAAGGUUUGCUGGUUCAGCGGAUGUUAUAGCUCCCGACAUCCUAGGCGUGGGAUGGACGACGCGGUCCGCGAUGGUGUCGACGUCCUCUCCGCCUUCGCUUGGGGGUUCCCUACCUCUGUUCGAGACAGCAUCGCCAUCGAAGCUUCCGGGCUGUUGGGCGCGCGUCUGCAGGUGGUCUGCUCUGCUGGAAACAACGGCCCGAUACCAAACUCUGUCGCCAAUGAGGCCCCUUGGAUCACCACAGUCGGAGCGAGCACGAUGGACCGGAGGUUUCCAGCUGUGGUCAGAACUGGCAACGGCCAGUUACUCUAUGGGGAGUCGAUGUACCCGGGAAACCAUUUUUCCAAAGCUAGCGGAAGAGAGCUUGAGCUUGUCUAUAUGGAUGUUGGAACCAAAGGGGGUGCAUUCUGCUACAAGGGAUCUCUUUCAAAAGCUCAAGUUGGCGGGAAGAUGGUCAUAUGUGAUCGAGGGGUCAAUGGCCGAGCCGAGAAGAGCGAGGCGGUGAAAGAAGCCGGCGGCGCUGCUAUGAUCUUGGCCAAUGCCGAGAUAAACGAGGAGGAGGAUUCCGUCGAUGUCCAUGUUCUGCCUGCGACAGCCAUAGGAUACAAAGAAUCCAUCCGAUUGAAGCGGUACAUGAACUCCACGAGGAGACCGAUCGCUCGACUGAUCUUCGGUGGAACAACGAUCGGACGGUCGAGAGCACCGGCGUCCUCCCGCGGGCCAAGUCUAACAAGCCCAUCGGUCCUAAAGCCCGAUAUCAUCGCCCCAGGAGUCAACAUCAUCGCAGCUUGGCCUGAAAAUCUCGGCCCAUCAGGGAUUCAAGAAGAUCAUCGGCGAUCCAAUUUCAGCGUCCUAUCGGGGACUUCAAUGUCUUGCCCGCACGUUAGCGGUGUCACCGCCCUAAUCCGGUCAGCCCACCCAUCAUGGAGUCCGGCAGUGAUCCGCUCAGCAAUCAUGACGACUGCCGAUAUCUCCGAUCACUAUGGAAAACCGAUACUUGACAGGUACGAGCCUGCAGGAUUCUUCGCUAUGGGAGCGGGGCACGUCAAUCCUGCGAGAGCCAUCGAUCCAGGGCUUGUAUACGAUAUCAAUCCGCUAGACUACGUAAGUCACCUCUGCACGCUCGGAUACACCAAGCCGGAGAUUUUCACCAUCACCCACAAGAAUACCAGCUGCGCUGAUAUCCUGCAGAAAAACAAGUACUUCAGUCUCAACUACCCAUCCAUUUCGAUCGCCUUCAAGAAAUGGAGAACGAAGGCGGCAGUUCAGAGGACAGUCACCAACGUCGGGCCUCCUAACUCGAGUUACAUGGUUGAAGUGAGCGAGCCGAAAGGAGUGAGAAUUCAGGUUACGCCGAAGGUACUGACGUUCAAAGAAGCGAACGAGAAGAAGAGUUACAGGGUCUGGUUCGAGUCGAGGAAGAAGAAAGCAAGAGGAGUGAGCUUCGCUGAAGGGCAGAUUACAUGGAAGAAUCUCCAUCAGAAGCAGUACAAGGUGAGAAGCCCGGUGUCUGUGAGCUGGGCUGGGUAGCAAGUAGUAAGGAAUUCUCAAAGCUAGCAUCUAACUCCCAAGAUUGAUUUAUCUUAGUACAGGGGAAAUUUGCUGAAGUCAAAUAGCUUUAGGGUGAACUUAUUUAUAACCGGAUGACCUCAUAGAGUGUGAGGGUAUGCGUUCAUGUGUUCAAUUGGACGUGACUCAGAACUUUAACAAUAAAGUAAUAUAUUUCUUAUCUAUGAGAGCAUUACAUUGAUAUGAGACAAUAGAUGCAUACAAUGCUGCAAACUGAUAUCAGAACAUUGCAUUUGAUCUAAAAGUAAGGCAUAUGAAGUUCCAGUCCAUGAUUUUUUUCAGGUUUCUGCAACUUCUUGUAAGCCAGAAGCCAAGACUGUCCUUCAAGUAUCUGUCAAUAGCAAUAUUUGUUACAAUUGCCACCUCCUACAUCCUCUCUAUAUAUAUGAACCUCCAAUGUGUAUAUCACACUUGAUUCGGGCCUGCCUAUAUAAUAUCCCUGUUCUGAAACCACGGCGCAAAAUCCUUCACUUCCAAGACAGCCUGAAGGGCAAGUGACACUGUAUAGACAGACACCUGCGUCCGAAAACAAGAGACUGAACCGACAUCUUACUGAAAAGAUUAAACCAUGACGCUGUAUAAGAGGCCUGUUCUUCUUUAAUGCACAAUGCAGAGUUACCAAGCAAAAAUUUACUUGUUACCUCGUCGGAUCAAGUUUUCAAAUAAUUUCAAAAUAUUACGACGACCCUUUGCAAAAAUACUCUAAUGGAAGAAGUUGGCGAAAAACUGAUUUUGAGUUUGUGGUUACGUCCCAUCUUCCGCAGAAAAAAUACUAAUGUGGUGGAAUCAGGAGAGAUUCAAUCAUCAACAGAGCUCACAUAUAGGUCAUAACAAAUAUGUUUUCCAAGUAAAAUCUCCUCGGUAGCUG